AUGGAUCUUCCAAGUCUUGCUGUUAUACUCCAAGCCGCUCUCAGUCCCAAUCCGGAUGAACGGAAAGCUGCUGAGCAGAGCUUGAAUCAGUUUCAGUAUGCGCCUCAGCAUCUGGUGAGGCUGUUGCAAAUCAUUGUUGACAACAACGUUGACAUGGGUGUACGACAAGUGGCUAGUAUUCAUUUCAAGAACUUUAUUGCGAAAAAUUGGUCUCCACUUGAUGAUACGCAACCGAAGAUUUUACCGAGUGAUAAAGACGUGGUGAGGGAUCACAUUCUCGUGUUUGUAACCCAAGUUCCUCCUCUGUUGAGGGUACAGCUUGGUGAAUGCCUUAAAACAAUUAUACAUUCUGAUUAUCCCGAGCAGUGGUCACAUCUUCUUGACUGGGUGAAGCAUAACUUACAGGAUCAACAAGUCUAUGGUGCAUUGUUUGUGCUGCGGAUUCUUUCUAGAAAAUAUGAGUUCAAGUCAGAUGAGGAAAGGGUGCCAGUUUAUCGCAUUGUUGAUGAGACAUUUCCUCAUCUUCUCAACAUAUUUAACGGGCUUGUCCAGAUUGUUAACCCAUCACUUGAAUUGGAGAUUCCUAAGCUGUUGUUUGAUCAAAAUAUCUUCAAUGCUUGGAUGAUGCUUUUUUUAAAUAUAUUGGAGAGACCUGUCCCCUCUGAAGGUCAGCCUGUUGAUCCUGAUCUUAGAAAAUCAUGGGGUUGGUGGAAGGUGAAGAAAUGGACAGUUCACAUUCUAAAUAGGCUUUACACUCGUUUUGGAGACUUGAAGCUGCAAAACCCUGAAAACAGAGCCUUUGCUCAAAUGUUUCAGAAGCAUUACGCUGGGAAAAUCUUAGAGUGCCACUUAAAUCUGUUAAAUGUUGUUAGAGUAGGGGGCUAUUUACCUGACAGGGUUAUCAACCUGAUUCUUCAAUAUCUAAGCAACAGGAGGUUAACGAAAAGAAGCAACAUGUCCAUAUUUAAGACACACUUGACAUUGAAUAUUGGCAAAGUGGUCUCCAUGCCCACGACCAAAGUCCUUGAGAUGACCAAAGUCCUUGAGAUGAUGAAGGUUACUUUCAAUGAAGAAAAUGAUGAAAUUCAAGUGUAUAGGCAAUCCUUCAAGAAUAAUAGUGUUUUCUUGUAG